AUGAACUUGAAAGUGAAAGCUGACAGUGACCUAAAGCUCCUGAAGUGUCUCUUCACAUGGGACGUGGACAAAGAUGACAUCAACGACCUGAAGGGCGUCCCGGAGAAGCUGGAGGACCGUGUCAAGUACUCUCCUCGCCGCUACCACCCCACGUACUUCAACAUCCUGGCAUUUGUCAGCCACCUGCAGGGCAAGGACAAAGCUGCCAUUGAGUACCUGGAGAAGUCUCUGGCCGUGCUAGAGGAGGAGCAGAGGGUUGAGGCGGACUUCCUGGUCACCUACUCCAGCUUCGCAUGGCUGCACCAUCACCACGGCAACCUGGAGGACAUGGAGACUUACCUGGGGAAAAUCAGAAACAUACAGGUGAGGGCAGGGAGGUUGUUUGACAUCGUGGAGGAGGAGAAAGGCUGGAGCCUCCUGAGUCUGGGCCGCAACUUCUAUCCGAGGUCCAGGGAGAGCUUCGAGAAGGUUUUAAAAGCCAAGCCCGACAGUCUGUCCUGCAAUGUGGGCUACGCGGUGGUUCUUUACCGUCAGGAGGAGAUAGUAAGGACGGGUGACCCCAUCAAGCCAGAGGACAGCACUGCCGUCAAGCAACUCAGGAAAGCCUUGGAACUCGACCCCACCGAUGCUGAAGUGAUGGUCCUCUUGGCUCUCAAACUGCAACACUUCCAACCUGAUGAAUCCAGAGAUCUCAUACGCGAGGCUCUCAAACAGUCUGCAGACAUUCCCCAAGUUGCCAGGUAUGCCGCCACGUACUUCAGGAGAGACGGAUCCACCAAAGAGUCCCUGGAGAUCCUGAAGCUGGCCUCGGAGAAAGCCCCCAACUCCAGCUUCCUCUACCACGAGAUGGGCCUGUGCCACUGGCAGAACAUGAAGGAACUCAAUGCGCAGGUCAACGCAGCCGUUGCCGAAAGCGUGCGCCUCUUCCGCAAGACUGUGGAGCUGAAGCCGUCAAACACCUACGCCUGGGUGCACCUGGCCGAGGCCUACGUGGAGAGCAAACAGCUGGACCAGGCAGAGCCCAUUUUCACCAGGCUGCUGUCGGACAACAGCCUGUCCGACGCCGAGCGGCAACACUGCCACUCCAAGUACGGUCUGUUCCUGAUGUUCAAGAAGAAGGAUGACGACAAGGCCAUCGAGCAGCUGAAGAAGGCGUAUGCGAUCAGGAUCGAAAGCAAAGACAGAACCCAGGCGCGAGACAAACUUCAGAAGCUAGCGAGCCGUAGAUCCAGAUGGAGGAACCGCGAGGAAGACAUCUUGGAUUUCUUCUCCUCAUAUCAGUAGAUAGGCGGGAUAGGCAGCCCACGAGGCCCUGGCAGAUGUAAACAUCAACAGACUGGCUGACAGUUUUGAAACAGGCUUAACUGUAAAACAGGCUUGAUAGCUAUUUCCUAGAGAUAUCUCUAAGCCUC